UUAUUGAUGCAAUACUGUACAAGUACGUGUCUUGCAUACUGCAGUGCAUUUCUUCACCCUCUCUGUCUCGUUUCCUUUCCUCUUGUGUGCUUCCCUGCAUUUCCUUCUUGGAUGGGAUUCUGAUCUUCAGUUUACAAUGGGGAACAAAGUGACCAGAGAUCAUUUUGAGUGGGUCUAUACAGAACAACCCCACUGCAGCAGAAGGAAGGAAAUCUUAGCUAAACAUCCAGAGAUAAAAAGCUUGAUGGGUCCUGAUCCCUUUCUGAAAUGGAUUGUCACAUUAAUGGUCAUCACUCAAUUUGUGGCAUGCUAUUUUGUCAAGGACUUGUCUUGGAAGUGGAUAUUUUUCUGGGCAUAUGCCUUUGGAGGCUGCAUUAACCACUCUCUAACCCUCGCUAUCCAUGAUAUUUCUCAUAAUGUGGCAUUUGGGAACAAGGAAGCUAAGUGGAAUCGAAUUUUUGGAAUUUUUGCCAACCUGCCUAUUGGGAUGCCGUACUCUGUUUCCUUCAAAAAGUACCAUAUUGACCAUCAUCGCUAUCUGGGUGGAGAUGGCUUAGAUGUUGAUAUUCCCACUGAGUUUGAGGGGAAAUUCUUUUGCACACCCUUCCGUAAAGUCAUCUGGAUGUUUCUGCAACCACUUUUCUAUAUCCUACGACCACUGUGCGUCAACCCCAAACCAGUUACCCAAAUGGAAAUUGUAAAUGCUACAAUUCAGUUUGCCUAUGACUUGCUUAUCUACUAUCUCUGGGGUGUGAAGUCUUUUUUCUACAUGUUGCUAGGUUCGAUGCUUUGUAUGGGAGUUCACCCAAUUUCAGGACAUUUUAUCGCUGAGCAUUACAUGUUUCUUAAAGGUUAUGAAACAUAUUCCUACUACGGCCCUUUAAACUGGCUAACUUUCAAUGUGGGUUAUCAUACAGAACAUCAUGAUUUUCCUAGCAUUCCUGGGAGCAAAUUACCACUGGUAAGGAAGAUGGCUCCUGAAUACUAUGAGGAUCUUCCCCAGCACAGUUCAUGGGUACGAGUCGUUUGGGACUUUAUUUUCUGUGAUGCAUUGGGUCCCUUCUCUCGGGUUAAAAGAGAAUGCAAACUGGUGAAGGAAGACUGAAGUUCAGUGAAAAUUACCUAGAUGUCUUGAUAUUCAUCAGCAUAAAGAAAAGAACUGACAAUCAUUUUAAUGUAAACUGCAAUAUAGUUGUGAUAUAUGAAAACAAGACUGUGUGGAGUGGAUUUAUAAAAGAGUACGGCAGGAAGUCACAGUAAAGCCAGUAAUGAAUGUAAUAUUAGUCAAAUGUGUGUUUGACCUUAUUGUACCCUCUGAUAAGUAGGAGAUGUAUGUUACUGUAGAUUCAAAGGCUGUUUAGUCUACAGUGCAUUUAAAAACAUUGUUUAGGUUUAAGAUACGUGCUAGUGAAAAGGCACAAAAGUUGCACUGUGAUGGACAUUACUUCUUGAAGGUGGAAGUGAUUUGUGAAACAAUUUGGCUUACUGCUGGUCUAACAAAUGAUGGUUAAGAUGUGUGGAUCCAAAUAAAAAACAUUUAUAGAGCAAUUGUCUUAUUAAAGAGGAAGGGUAUCCACUAAACCUUUCCAAAAUUGUACUCAGGCUUGCUGUAUUGACCAAGAUGCAAGUCAGAAUGUAAUUUACAUAAAUGGAAUGUAUUCAACCAUUACAGUGUUUGAUCUUUGUUUUCUCCAAGAUGUUAUCUUCAAAAGAGGUUUAUAUAAAAAAAUACAAUAAAGUUUAUAGAGGCA